UGCACAAACUUACUUAUAAAAUAGUAUCACUUACACAUAAUGACACAUUUCAGAUUAGUGUCAUGUAUGUUUUUCGUAAGUGCACGUGAAAACGUUGACAGGGGUUAAACAUAAGUUGACCCACAUCAAAGAGCAAUGACCCCACCGAGGCUAUGCAUGAGACGAAUGAUAUUCUUGAUGAAGCAGCUGAACAUGUUUUGGAAGACCACUUAGGAGCAGUAUGCCUAUGUAAUGAGACAACCAACCAUUGUGCCCAACACCUUCGUUUUAAAUUCUUUCUAUUUAUUAUUCAAAGAAUGUGGUACCUCGCGGGAAAUGCACAGUCUAUUCAUUAGCGGUUUUAUAUGAAAUAUAGGUCUGAAUACCAUGUCCCUGAUUCAGCCGAAUGCGAUCCAAUGGCAUCCAUUUGGAAAUGGGAGUUACCAGUGUUCAGUGGUCUAAAAAUUGGAAAAUAGAAAGACAUUACAGGCAAUUAACUACUUAACUAUCAAAGAGGAUUACCAAACACAAAAUGGUAUAUUCCUUGGAUUAACAGUUAUCAAACACAAGACUAAUCAGUGAACCGACUGCAAAUUAGAAAGGGAAUACACAGCAGAACACAGAUAAUGUACAGAUAAACUGGCCGAAGAAAAAAAAAUUCCAGAUUACGUCAUAUGUAUCAACCAUAAGGAAGAUAUUACUAUAUAAGAAAUUAAAGAUAUCUGAAGGAUAUUAAACUUUUAUGCAAAGAUGACUUGUGGACAAACAUGGAAAAUACUGUUGCUGGUCUUGGUCGUUGUUAUGGUGAUUGUCUCAACAAAUGCUCAAUUAUUAUCUUGGACCUGCAAUUUCGACCAGAAUUACUGUGGGGCCGAGCAAUCAACAGACGACCAGCAGGACUUCACAAGACGGUCUGGUCCAACUGGUACUAGCGGAACGGGGCCCGAUAGGGACCACACCAGUGGCUCUGGAAGCUACAUAUAUCUGGAAGCCACUGACCAGGGUAGGGGGGAUAGUGCCAAGCUUAUCACUCCAGAGUUCGCUGGGGGCCGAGCGUACACUGUCUCGUACUAUGCCCACAUGAAAGGCCUUCAUGUUGGUACACUCACAUUGUUUCAAGUCACCAACACCUUGUCAAGAGAGCUCGUGAAAAGUGAAGGCCCACAGGGAGAUGACUGGGUACAGUUGACAACAGAGGUCGAGCCAAAUGGUCCAUUCAAGUUGAUGUUCGAGGCUAAACUGAAAAAUGCCGAUGCCGGGCAGAGGUGGUCUUCGGAUAUUGCUAUUGAUGACGUAACUGUCACCCCAAGGGCAACCUGCACUGGUGCCGUUACCGAUGUUGUGUUCAUGCUCGAUGACUCGCGAAUUGUAAGUAAUGACGACUUUGACAACAUGAAAGAAUUUGUUGAGAUGACAGCCUCUACGCUCGAUGUUUCCCGAGAUAACGUCAGGAUUGGAUUGCUUACCUUCAGCAAUGAUGCCAGAGUUGUGUUCAAUCUGGAUAGAUUUACCAGUAAGGCUGACACCCUAAAUGCGAUCCUCAACGUUCAACGACGCAGUAGCCCAGAAAACACUAACACACCGAGUGCAAUCAACGCCGUACUGAAUGAUAUGUUACGUGAGGACAGAGGAGAUCGACCCAAUGCAGCUGAUAUUGUUAUCCUAAUAACAGCGAGUUCGACUAAUGACCAAUACAAGGGAGGCCUAGAGAAUGCCAUAUCGAGAGUACGAGAAAAUGGCCUUUCAUUCUAUGUUGUAUCGGUUGGUAACCAGACGGACAUGGCCGAACUAAAUAGGAUAGCUUCGGAUCCGGACGACACGUUCCUAUUCACGGCACCUGAUUUUGAUUCGCUGACUCCACUUAUGUCUUCAAUUGCCAGAGGAACUUGUUACGAUUUGUCCUGUCAAGGUCGCGCAGCUGAUAUCAUUUUCAUCAUUGAGGACAAUAACAGGAUCUCAACCAACGACUUUAACCGCAUCAAAGACUUCGUUUCAAACGUCAUCAGCAGACUCGACAUCGGAGGAGACAUGACUCGCAUAGGUGCGCUUAAAUUCAGCAACAAUGCGCAGAAGUUGUUUGAUCUAAACAGGCAUUUCAACAAAGAGAACUUAAUUCGGGAAAUCCAGAGAAUGGGCCAAACAGGAAGCAAUACCCGUACUGCAGAGGCACUUGGACUGAUGAUAGAUAUGUUCCAGGAAGAUCUGGGGGAUAGAAAUAACGUGGCAAAUGUUGGGAUUCUCAUUAGUGUUGGGAAGUCUCGAGAUUUCGAUCCAAUACCUGCUGCUGCACAGGCAAGGGCUAUGGGCAUAUCACUUUUUACAAUAGGCAUUGGGCCGGACAUCGAUCAGUCUGAACUUGAGGACAUAGCAACGGAUCCUGACGAUACUCAUGCUUUCACCCUUGAUAACUACAACCAACUGGGAAGUCUGGUUGGUGAACUCACCCAGGUGGCUUGUAAGCCGACUGUCUGUAGCGCUAAGAUUGACUUAGCUUUCGUACUUGAUCGUUCCGGUAGUAUACUCGACCAGUUCGGUCUUAUGAAGGAUUUCCUUACGAGUAUUGUCAGCGAUCUGGAGAUCGGAGCCACACGUACCAAGGUUGGCGUCGUUAGUUACAGCAGCCAAGCACAGGUGGAGUUCAAUCUGAACUCAUACACUACACAAGCUGACCUUCUAGCCGCUAUUGAUGGACUCUCAGAGAACACUGUGGGGGCUACUAACACAGCGGCUGCCCUAAGUCUAAUGCGGAACAACAUCUUCAGUGCCGGAGGGGGAGAUCGCAAAAGUGCCAAGGAUAUAGCUAUUGUUAUGACGGAUGGGAAAUCUACUGUGAACUACAAUAAGGUUGCCGGGGAAGCACGCACGACACACAAUCAAGGAAUCACCGUAUUUGUUAUUGGUAUAGGUUCGGAGGUUGAUAGAGCCGAACUUAAGCAGAUAGCAUCGGACCCGGAUUCUCAACACGUCUUCAAUGUCACUGGGUUCACAGCGCUUUCGGCAAUUAGAAACGAAGUAUUUGUCACUGCGUGUGAUGUUGGAACAUCCUGUCAGGGCCCAGCCGAUAUUGUGUUUGCCGUCGAUGCCUCUGGCAGUAUCAGAGCUGAAGACUUCGCUACGAUGAAAUCCUUCCUUUCAAAUACGAUCUCAGAGUUUCAGAUAGGUCCUGAUAAUAUUCAAGUUGGUCUGGUGUCGUUUUCUGACGAUGGAACAAUCGAGUUCCAUAUGAAUCGGUACCACGAUAAAGACCAGCUAUUAACUGCCGUAGAUAAUUUUGAAUGGCGAGGAAGGGCGACACACACAGCACAGGCAUUAAUGCUAGCUAGAACUCAGAUGUUCCGUCAAGAAAAUGGUGACAGGCGCAUUGCUCCCAACGUUCUGGUUCUCGUAACUGAUGGUGUAUCAACCGUGAACCCCGAUGAGGUCAACCCAGAGGCCCUUGAGUUACGUAUUUCAGGGACAGACAUAUUUACAGUCGCUAUAGGGAACUUGAUUGACGAAGGGGAGCUUAAGAAGAUAGCGUCAGAUCCUGAUGAGGAACACAUGUACGGUGUUGAUAACUUUGAUAGUUUGGGAUCCAUCCUCAAUUCUCUCAGAGAUGCUACGUGCAAUCGCAUCAUAGAAUGUGCUAGCAGGCCCUGUCUUAAUGGUGCCACGUGUUUGGAUGGACUCGGGACGUACACGUGCGUUUGUCGCCCUGGAUACUCGGGUGUCAACUGCCAAAGGGAAUGUGAUGUGAAUGCUGACCUCGUGUUUGUCGUUGAUAGCAGUGGCAGUAUCCCAGAGGAAGAUUUCCAAAAAGUUCUUGACUUUUUGAAAUACGUCGUAGUGGAGCUAGAUGUUGGAAUCAGUAAAACUAGAAUAGGCGUUAUAACUUUCUUCACAAAUGCAAUUAUUCGAUUCCAUUUGAACGAGUAUAACAAUCGAGCAGAUGUCUAUGGUGCUAUUGAUAGAAUACCUUACACAGGUGGCGCUACGAACACACCAGAAGCGCUACAACUCAUGCGUCUGUCUAUGUUCACGUCACAAAAUGGCGACAGGCCCGAUGUCCCAAAUGUUGCGCUGGUAUUAACAGAUGGCAAUUCGAACGUUAAUGAGCUGGAAACUUUACCACAAGCCCGCGAAGCUAGAAACGCCGGAAUACACUUAUUCGCUGCAGCUGUCGGAAAGGAAAUCAACAUGGGUGAACUUCGCGGAAUCGCCACUGACCCGGAUGUAAAAAAUGUAUUCCAAGUAGCUGAUUUGAGUGAUUUGGUGGACAUAGUUUCGGCCAUAGCAGAUCCAAUCUGUAAAGAUGGACGCGAGUGCAGCAGCAACCCAUGUCAGGCUGGUGCCCGAUGUAUAGAUGGUCUAAAUUCCUUCACUUGUAUUUGCCCCAGUGGAAGAUCGGGCGUUUUUUGUGAAAGGAGCUGCCCGGCGUCAUCUGACGUUGUUUUCGCCAUAGACUCAUCCGGAAGUAUUGGGGAGGCCAACUUCCGGCAAAUGAUGUCAUUCGUAAUUGACAUCGUAGAGAACUUAGAAUAUAAUGGAAACACGCGAAUUGGAGCACUUUCAUUUGCUGAUGAUAUUAACCGUCAUUUCGAUCUCAAUACAUACACUUCGAAAUCUAACGUCAUGAACUCACUCGGCGCCAUUAGUUACAGCAAGGGCGCGACUAACACUGCAGGGGCGUUAGAAUUAAUGCGCGGUAUGUUCUCGCCACAACGCGGUGAUAGGGCCGGAGUGAAGAAUUACGGGAUCAUAAUCACAGAUGGUAAACCAACUGUACGGAAAUUGGAAUGGAAGGAGCAAGCGCGUCAAGCUAGGGACAGAAACAUUCAACUUAUAGCUAUUGGAAUAGGUUCAGGGAUUGACAUUGAGGUGCUUAAUGAAAUAGCUAGCGAUCCCGAUGAACAAAACGUAUUUUCAGUUGCCGAUUUUGAUGCUCUUGAAACAAUUUCAAAUACUCUACAAACACAAUUGUGCUCAUAGUUAACUUACAAUCUCUAUUCAGUAUUAUAAUAACGCCUAUUGUAUAAUAAUGCCCUAUAUUUGUAUAUACACUAUCCAUACAUUUAAAUACUUUAUCUAGUUAACUUCCCACUUGAGCAGUUUUGAAAGCUCAAACUGUACUUGAUAUUUCACUCAACACUUUUGAAGUUUUACGUCAAGUGAACUGCAUGUUAUGCAUUUGAUUAUUUUGGUAAACACAUUAAUAUACGAAAUAUACAUUGCAGUUAUAUAAGAAAUGUAACGAUACAAUCUACAGCGUCUAAAUUGUAAAUAAUAUAUUGUGCCAUAUUCAGGCGUUUGUAAUUGUCUGAAGCAUUUUUUUAUUACAUGUUGGUUUCUUACACGAGCCAUUGCUCAUUUCUACAUUUAGAUGUAUCUUAUUAAAAUGCCCGGUUUUCAAUGGCAACAUAGCCAUGUGAAAAACAUAGCAUGUAUUUAACGGGGAGUAAUUUUUACCCUUUACAAAGUUUGUUGUAGCCAUAAUAUAAACAUUAUGAAAUAAAGAAUGUACGAAUGAAAUUGUAGCAUUUAAACUUAAAAGAAUUAAAUUUUAAAAUUAAAAUGUCACAUAUCUUGAAAUUUUUAUCUGAGAAAUUGAGAUGUCAUUUUCAAGCUCUU